AUGGCUGACAACUGCUGCGUUUCUCAAAAUGACAAUUUCAUUUGUGGUGUUGUUGAAGGAUUUUAUGGAAGGCCAUGGACUACAGAACAACGUAAAGACUUGUUUCAAAAGUUAAAAAAAUGGGGAGUAGGUUGUUAUGUUUAUGCGCCCAAAGAUGAUUACAAGCACAGGGCUUAUUGGAGAGAUUUGUAUACAGUUGAAGAAGCCGAACAGUUGGGUGGCCUAAUUAGUGCCGCUAGAGAUUGUGGUGUUACUCUUUAUUAUGCCUUGUCUCCAGGACUUGACAUGACUUAUAGUAGCCAAAAAGAAAUAGYAACUCUCAAACGAAAAUUAGAUCAAGUUGCUCAAUGUGGUUGCAAAGCUUUUGCUUUAUUGUUUGAUGACAUAGAACCAGAUAUGUCACCAGCUGAUAAGGAAGUAUUUCAAUCAUUUGCACAUGCUCAGGUGUCAAUUACUAAUGAAAUAUUUCAGCAUCUGGGUCAACCUAAAUUUUUAGUUUGCCCAACUCAAUAUUGCUCAGCACGUGCUGUACCGAAUGUUCAAAAUUCUGAUUAUUUAAAUACCUUGGGCUCUAAGUUGGCACCUCAAAUUGACAUUAUGUGGACCGGACAAAAAGUUAUAUCACGUUCAUUAACUACUGAAUCUAUUAGAGAAAUCACUGAAGUACUGAGGCGACCUCCUGUUAUAUGGGACAAUUUACAUGCUAAUGACUAUGAUCAAAAGCGUGUCUUCUUGGGACCAUAUCAGGGACGUUCACCUGACUUGAUUUCACAAUUAAGAGGAGUUUUGACUAAUCCAAACUGUGAAUAUGGUGCUAACUUUGUAGCUAUUCAUACAUUAGCUCAGUGGAGCAAAUGUACUUCUGAUCCUCCAUCAAUCACACAUGACAAUGAGAGUAUGAAAUUAGAGACUGAGAGUGAUGAAGAAGGUAUUAUCGAUCUUCCAGAAAAUAUUUACCAUUCAAGAAGAGCAUUACGUAUUGCUAUCAAAGAAUGGAUUCCAGAAUUUCGCAGACAGAAACAAGCUCAUGGUCCCAUUAUCAAACCACAACCUACCAUAUCGAUCAUGUCUCCUGUGGCUAUUCCUCUUGCAUCAUUUAACACAUGUAUGGCAACCUCAACUACUACCAUCACAACUUCUACAUCUACUGCUCCAUUGUCUUUGUCUACAACUAAUAAUGUUGAGUCAAUUUCAUCGACCACUGUGAAUGGCAGCCCUACAAAUGUUUUACAAACUGCUGUAGCUGUUACUAUGAAUCCACCCUUAGUGAUAAUGAAUUCUUUGGUAUCUGAAAGCAAAGUCAUAAGCGAGCCUAUGGAUUGUAACAUGUCACCAGCACCAUCACCACAGAGUUCAGAUACAGCCAUGAACACUGAUAAUGGAUCAAGUGUUUCAAUGCAAGUGGAAACGCCUAGCCCUAGUGCGGAUAUGGUUGUUGAUGUGAUUCAAGAUCAAAAACAUUCAUAUGAAAGAGAUCUAACAGAAGAAGAUUUAUUGCUAAUGUGCGAUUUAUUUUAUUUACCAUUUGAACACGGUCCUCAAAGUGUUCAAUAUUUAACAGAAUUUAAUUGGCUUAAGAGCAAUGCUUAUUUGGUUUCAAAUGAAAAUCUUAGAAAAUCAAAGAAAAAAGAUUCAACUGACUCUAAACCAGAAAUCGAAGAAUGGUAUGCGAGAGCAAAAAGAAUGGAUGAAUUAACUGAACAAGUGAAUGAACUAUUCCAAAGACUGACAUUUAGUGCCAAUAGAGAACUUGUUCAUGACCUUUAUCCUUAUGUUUGGGAUGUUAGAUGUGUUAUAUCAUUACUAAACUUCUAUGUAAAAUGGCUUUCUGAAGGCCAUUUCCCACAAUCUAUUACAAAUUAUACUCUUGGAUCUUAUACAUGGUUUUCAAAAGGAUGGAAAGAAAGCUUUAUGAGUGGCGAUCAAGAACCCUGGGUUUUUAGAGGUGGUUUAGUUGCCGAUUUACAACGACUAAUGCCAGUUGAUGCUGGUUCUGAUUUAUUUAUAUAUAAACCUCCCGAUAUACCCACAAAUAAAAUGUACAAUGUACGACCAUAUACUUUUGAAGAUGAGUCUGCUGUAUACAAUAUUUGCCGGUGUACUUGUUAUACAAGUGUUGAUGACCAUAGUAUAAACAAAUCUGAUUUGCCUGACUUGAUACCUGACAGACUGGUUGGUUCGUAUUUGACACUUAGUCCAGAACUUUGUUUUGUCGUAGAAGACAAUGGCACCGUCAUAGGUUAUGCAUUAGCGGCUUUAAAUGCAAAAGAAUUUUAUCAAAAGUUACAAGUAUCGUGGUUUCCUGAAAUGUGUUCUAAAUAUCCAUUGUCGAAUAAUUCCAGUGAAGAAAUACAGUCAGCUUCGCAAGAAAUCAUAAAUUGGUUUCAUUCAUUUGAUAUAAAUCAAGAAUUACCAGAUUCCAAUGCUCUGUCUCAACAUCAAUCAGUAAUGACCUAUGCAACAUUACCUGUAAAUAAUGAUGCUUCAGUAUCCAAACGAUUAAUUAUUUGUCUUCUUGCUGCAUUAAGAGCUAACGGGUCAUUCGGUGUCCAUGUACCUUUGAGAACAAAAGAUCAACAUACAUUGGAAUUUUACACUAAAAUGGGAUUUAUGGAGAUUUCACAGGGGUCUAAUCUAAAUCCUGGUUAUACAUACGUAGGACGUGUUUUUUGAAAUAUUCUACUGUUUUACAUUGUCUGCCAAUAAAUGUUAAAUAUAUGAAUAAAAAUGCAAACAUGGUAAUUACUGCCAAUCAUUAUAGAAAUAAUUUUAAUUUAUUUGUAUUAAAUACAUUAUUAUACUUGUUAUUAGUAAUGUCAGUACUUAUUUCAGCUUGUACACAAAAUAGUCCAGWUUAAGUUACCUAAGUUCUUUAAAGGAAAUUUAAAUUUUGCGAGCUAUAAUAUAUUUAAUUU